GGUCGGCUCCCGCGCCUUUGAAUUGGAUCCUGUGGAAUGCUCUCUCGUUAUGCGGGCCUUAUCCUGGUCCAUGUGAUCGUGUCAGCUCUCGGGCGUCAAAUGAUCAUGAUACUCUUGCUCAGCGCUAGCCCCCCUCGCGACGCACGUAUAAGUACAAGGCGCAGCGUCUAACGGCGCUCCAACGUUCGAUCUGCACUCCUCUUCCACGAAGCCGCCCAAACGUCCAGAAUGUCUUUGAAGUACACCGAGAUCGAUGAGAUUCCGAAGAUUCACGCGAGGUUGAGGGCGACCUUUGAAUCCGGAAAGACGCAGCCCCUGGAGUACCGCAGACAUCAGCUCCUGCAGCUCGCGCGCCUCAUCCAGGACAAUGCGGUGGCGAUGCAGGACGCGAUCUUCAAGGACUACGGCAAGCAGCGACUCGAGGUCGUCAUCGGCGAGCUCAGUCCCUCCGUCUCCGCGGCCAUCCACGCCGCCAACAAGCUCGAGGAGUGGACGAAGCCGGAGAAGCCCACGGUCGAGGAGUGGCGCAGCUCCUGGGACACAACCAUCUACAAGCAGCCGAAGGGCGUCUCCAUCAUCAUCUCCCCCUGGAACUACCCCUACAUCAUCUCCCUCGGCCCGCUCAUUGGCGCCAUCGCCGCCGGCUGCCCCGUCGUCCUCAAGCCCUCUGAGCACACGCCUGCCGUCUCCGCCCUCUACGCGGAGCUCUUCCCGAAGUACCUCGACACCGAUGCGUACGCGGUCGUGAAUGGCGCAGUCAGCGAGACGGCGCUGUUGCUGGAUCUGAAGUGGGACCACAUCUUCUUCACCGGCUCCACCCACGUCGGCCGCAUUGUCGCCGCUGCUGCCGCGAAGCAGCUCACGCCUGUCACGCUCGAGCUCGGCGGCAAAUCCCCCGUCUUUAUCGACGCCGAGAACACCGACAUCGAGCUCGCCGCCAAGCGUGCGCUGUGGGGCCGCCAGGUCAACGCCGGGCAGCUCUGCGUCUCCCCCGACUACAUCCUCGUCCCCAAGGCGCACCAAGACGCCUUCGUCGCCGCCGUCAAGAAGGCGUACGCGCAGUUCUACCCCGAGGGCGCGCUACACGAGUCCGCGACCCUGACUGGCGUGCACCCGAGCGCGCGCGACCGGCUGAAGGGCCUGAUCGCGUCGACGCAGGGCGAGCUGGUCGUGGGCGGGAGGGAGGGGGCAAAUGGGCGGAUCGAGCCGGCGGUGGUGAAGAACGUGUCGGUUAAUGAUGCGUUGAUGCGGAGCGAGAUCUUCGGCCCCAUCAUGCCCAUUGUCCCCGUCGAGGAUGCCAACGAGGCGAUCAGGAUCAUCAAGUCGUACUCGAAGCCCCUCGUCAUCCACGUCUUCACGGAGAGCGAGGCGACGAAGGAGAAGUUCCUCCGCGAAACCCAAAGCGGCACCCUCGUCCUCAACGACAGCUUCAUGCAGCUCGGCGUAUACGAGAUGCCCUUCGGCGGCAUCGGUGACUCUGGGUAUGGCUCCUACCUCGGCAAGUUCAGCUUCGACACCUUCACGCACUCGAGGAGCUACAUCAACGUCCCGCUUGCCGCUGAACCUUUCCUCGGCUACCGCUACCCGCCGUACACGGAGGAGGGCUACAAGUUCUUCGCGGCGGGCACAUUCCAGCCGAUCCCGGAGAACUGAGGGGAAGGUGUUUGUUUUCCGAUGAGUUCACUGUUCGGCGAUGAGUUUCUCGUCUCGAUGGCUGUUGGAGUGUUCAUCGUGGAAUGACUUUGAUGUUGAUGUUGUAACGUUUGACGCUGACGGAUCUCUGUGCUCUACUAUACCUGUUGUAACGAUUCGGAGCUAGAGAAAAUAAAAUGGAAUGUAACCUCUUUUCGUUC